GCCCUUUCUCCUCCUACACUCACGCCACGCCUUCAGUCGCCGUCUCCGCAUGCGCGACCGAGCCCUGGGGGCGGUACUGCUGCAUCCGGGUGUCUGACGGCCUGUAUCUGCGGUUGUUUUGUUUUUUUGGCUAAAACUGGGAGAGUGAGGAGGCCCCGCGCGGCGCGACACGGGGCUCCGGACCGACUGCACGGCCGGGGCUGGACUGACCUGAAGAAAAUGUCUGGGUUUCUGGAAGGGCUGAGGUGCUCGGAAUGCAUCGACUGGGGGGAAAAACGCAACACCGUUGCUUCCAUUGCCGCGGGCGUCCUGUUUUUUACAGGCUGGUGGAUUAUCAUAGAUGCAGCCGUCAUUUAUCCCACUAUGGAAGAGUUCAACCAUUCAUACCAUGCCUGUGGCGUUAUAGCAACCAUUGCCUUCCUAAUGAUUAACGCAGUAUCUAAUGGACAAGUCCGAGGUGACAGUUACAGUGAAGGUUGCCUGGGUCAAACAGGUGCUCGCAUAUGGCUGUUCAUUGGUUUCAUGCUGGCCUUCGGUUCUCUGAUUGCGUCCAUGUGGAUUCUCUUUGGUGGUUACGUUGCUAAAGAAAAAGCCAUAGUGUACCCUGGAAUUGCUGUAUUUUUCCAAAAUGCCUUCAUCUUUUUUGGAGGGCUGGUUUUUAAGUUCGGCCGCACCGAAGACCUGUGGCAGUGAAGGCACCCGGUUACUACUGCUGCACAGCGGCCCUGCAUGGUGUUUUUCUUCUUGUUUUUGUUUUUUUUUUUUUACUACCAAUUUUUGUAAUGCCAUUUCCUAAACUUAUUUCUGAGUGUAGUCUCGGCUUCAAUUUGUGUGAUACUAAAAUCAUGAGAGAUCCCUAUUUAAAUAACAACAAAAAUCUAUUGUGGUAUGCAUUUGAGUAACUUAUAAAAUGUUGAAAAAUAUUUCACACGAGUAAUUUUUAUUGUUUUAUCAUGGUAUAAUUUGUAAAAAUAAAAAUAAAUUACAAAAGAAAUUGUG